UUCAGUCUGCAUCAGUCAUGUUUCCACUUCUGCAUUGUGCCUUCAUGGUGAUUUCUGUAUCCGUGGUUUCCUCGGCCUCGUCUACAGCAACGCCAUUGACGACAGUGGCGACAACCCAAGGUACAGUUUUCAAUUCGUCUCAGUGUACAUUAAAACCAGUGGAUAAAGAUGUGGGUGCUAUUCUUCAUAUUUACUUGAGGAAUACAGAUAUCAAUAUAGUAAGAUAUACCGUGACGUUUCAAAACUACCCCAACACGGUCCUCGCUGAUGCUGGUGGGGAUUUGUUUCGACCGAACAUUUGGAUCCGCACAGUCAACCAGCAAGGUGUCAGAUUGCUGAUGCUUAAUGAUAACUUUGAAUUUUAUUCAAUGGGAUUCCUCAGCAACGGUAUUGCAGAAAUGAACGUCGAAUUAACUGAUAGCCCUAGUGGAUGCCUUCAACAUAUGAACAGUGCCCAGAGACUUCUUGCCAUGCGGACCCUCCUGGCUUCGGAUUUCCACUAUGAAAAAAAAGAAAUUUCUUUACAUAGAACGCAUCAACGAAUAUGCACCAUGGUUGUGAACAAGACGAUUGAGAACGGGAAAGUGGAAGCAAAUCUCACAUAUGUCUGCUGCAGGUUUGAGAAAGGUCAAAAGGAAAUGAUAUGUGAGUACAUGGCGAGUGAUGUGUGGAUUGAUCUGCUCCAUACGAUCAUUUUAGUGGCAACAAUUCUCGCGGUCUUGUUCUUUCCUCAAAUCGUUCCACGAUUCUUUUAUAUUCACCAUAAAAUUUCUUUUAAGAAUUUUAAGGCUUACAUUCUUCAACACCAACCGGUUGAGCUGAUAAGAACAUGCAAAGAAUGGUCCAUGAAAAUAGGAAAUAAAACGAUUCCUCUGAAAGAACUUGACCAUGAAGACUGUAAAGUACCAGUUGAAGAAACGACCUGGGUUAUCAAUAACGUUACAGUGCAAGUGGACUCUUCAGAAUACCUCAUGGAAAAUGAAGCCCCUGUUACGUGGACCAAGCUUCUAAAUGAAACACUUAUUGCAGUCCCGAAGACGCGUGCGUGUUGGCUGGACUUUUGUAUGAACUCUAUGCACCUGUCCCUUUAUGUUUCAGAAAAAAUAUGUAAAAUUUUCUACUAUAUUAGAAGGAUGAGAAAGCGAGCAGUCUGGGUUAUUUGUUUCGUACCAUUGGUUGUAAGCAUUAGUUGUUCCUUAACUUAUCUUGACUCGAAAUAUACUGAAUAUGUCAUUGCUUUAGCAAGACAGAACAUUACAGCCGAACAAGGUAUUUACUCUACAUCUGUCCGUAUUAGAAGGUGUUUGAACACAUUAUUUGCUUCCCUAAUACCUUUGGCAAUCCUUAUCUUUCUGCGGAUAAAAAGCAUAAAAUUGCCAAGUCUUGGCAAGGUUCUUUGGACAUGCGACAAGGAAAGCAUACAAACAGUGCUUCAUGGUAGCUUCCAGAUGUGUUUGGUCAUUGUGAGAAACACGGGAAUGGUUGGAAUAAUUCUGUCCCCAAUCAUUGUUAUAAUUACCCUUCCAAUAUCAAUAGUGCUACACAUACCAUUGUUGUCCGUUGUGGUACGCCUUUUCAUCCUCCCUGGAAUGCAUAUCUCAAGGUUAAGACGCUUUCUUGUUAAGAUUAACAAGCUGAUCAAUCCAAAUAGUACCAAUGAACCACCAGAGUAUCUCAAGACUGAUGGCUGUAAUAUGUUCUUGUACGUGUUGUCAUAUAGCGUACUGUUUUGUUUGGUGCUCUACUGGACCCAUUUCUGUUUAGCCUUUUAUAUUAAAGUUAUCUUCUAUACAUUCCUUGGUUUAGUGUUCCAUUCAGACAAAAUGUUGAUCUAUUGUGCAAUGGCAUUAUUUUCUGCAAUGUAUGCAAGAGACAUAUUGAGGUGCAUUACUUUAUUGUAUGUUCAGUAUUCUAGAAUAAUGAGGAAACUUAUAUUUGCUGAGGUAGAGACCGAGCUUGUAAAGUGUACAUUGCCCGAAAAGAAACAAAUAGUCCUUCUUCCACUGUCACCGAACUUCAAUGGGUCCAUUGACAUUAACUAUGAUGAAAGAACAAAUAGAGUUAGUUGUGACACUGUGGGUAUGGCUGCAAUUUUCCUUCGGAAAUCUCAAGAUAAGACUUGCUAUGCAAUAUCAAAAAACUUUGUGAUGAAUAAUAUACAUUUACGGGUGCCCGGAUGUCCAGGCGUUGUUCGUACGAAUGUUAUGCGGUCAUUCAACAGGCUUGUGUCAACUGGUGUCUUCCUAGGGUUGUUCCUGUUCGUGGUGCUCGUCUUUGGAGAUAGGUAUAAGGUAUCUUCAUUGAAACAACUUCUUUUGACCGCGUCUGGUGGACUUCUACCGUUAAUUUUCGGAGGGGUUGCUAGAAGUGCACUUGGCACGUGUGGAUUAAAGCUAGAGAAUACAGAAUUUUCGGACCUAAGACUUAUGUUGAAACUUGGACUAGAAAACACCAUUGAGAAAUGGCAGGUCGUUGAAGUGAGUCUUUCCCCAAAAGAUGGUAAAGCUGACGUUACUUCAUUGUCAUCUGAAGAUAUUGCAACUCCAGAAGUGACAGCAUGUUUGUAUGACAAAUAUGAUGAAAAAAUAACUGCAAAAGAAUGUGCAUGUGUAUGUCCGCCUCCUAAAAAGAAAAUUCUUGAGGAACCUGAAACUGUGGUUGACUUAGAGCCAACUAAAGAAUAGACGAUAUUGCUAGCCUAGGGGUCGUCAUGCUGUAGACCCGGGUUCGAUGCCUUGCAUGGGUACAAUGUGUGAAGCCCAUUUCUGUUAUCUACCGCUUUGAUAUUGCUGGAAUAUUGCUAAAAACGGCUCAAAACUAUACUCACUCUUUCCCUUUCCGAAGAUAUAUUGUACAAAAACUUUGCCGUCGGCUACACAGUCACAACAACCCAUAUCUUUAAGAAAUGUACACUCAAUCAGGAACCGUUAUACGCGCAAGACCUGCUUUCCAUGAAAGUCAUUCUUAAAAUCUGUUUUAGCAAAUUGAAUACUGUCAUUCGCGGAAAUACCCUUUGGUAGAUGGUCAUGGACUGAGUGGGAACAUUCAUGCUUUUCUGAAGUUUUUCACGAUUUCUAUAAGUCCGACCUCAAUAUCAUUAGAUAGUUAAUUAAAAGUUUCGUCAACAAGUCUUACCGUUAUCUUCGUGUUUGUGACCAUAGGUGUCCCUGUUUGAACAAAUGAACACAUGACUUGCCACCGGUGGGGCACCUUUUCGCAAGAACACAGACUCUGAUUAGAGAUAUUUGUUAUGUUUAUGGUAAAGGUUUUGUCACGUUUAUUUAUAAGACUGCAGUCUGAUGAUGAUUAUUUUCACUUUGCCCAUUUUUCAAAUUGUAAUUACAAAAGCACUAAAACUGUAUAUGUCGUACAAUCAAUUCUUCUCUCAUUGACAGGGUGGGUGGCCCAGUUCUCUCAAAGAAAGGAUUUUGUUUGAUAUUAAUCUGUACAUAUAAAUAAUCGUGGUGCAUUGUUUUGCCUUCAACUAAGCUCAGUUAAAUUAUUAUAGUUUGCAUUUUUGUCCAGUUCUGUUCUCCAUUGAUCGCUGUCAAUUGUCUUCACUAGCCAUAGCAAUCAUACAACCUGCACAGUUGUGGUAUCACAUUUAAUGAUUUGAUUUCUUAUUCUUGUUUUUAAACCAAUCACUUUUAGGUGGUGUGUUGUUUGUAGUUAAUAUGCAUUCCAAUAAAUUUAUGUAAACGUCGGACAUUAUUAUUCUGUUUGUUCAUUUUAGUAUUCAGUAUUCAAAUAUUUUAUGUUUUCCCAUUCCUUAUGAAACUGUGGAUCUAAAAACUUCAGCCAUAUUCAUGUAGAGUCUAAUGUACACGAUUUUCAUUGUUUAUUGUGCAUAUAGUUUUAUUACAGUCUGUGUUAUGCCUAGUGAUGUGUACAAUAUAUUUGUGAAAUAUUAUUUCUGUAUUAGUUCAAUUUCUUGAUCAAGUGAGUUAAUCUAAUGUAUAGCGUCCAUUGUCCAUUGUCCAUCCAUCAACUUUGGUCGAUUUAUAUAUUUUCAUAAGCUUUUUUUGUCUAUUACGCUCUCUAGAAUUCGAGAUAUCCGAGACUGAUUAUUUUCCGGCGUUGGAGCUUCUAAUUUGUAUGUUUCCGAUUUAACCCCUUAAACCCGAGGACCAGUAAAACGGAAACACAAGCCCCUACCAUUCUAUUAUUAGCUAAUCAGUAAACCGCAGUCUAUUAGCGGGCGAGGCCAAAUGUGUUUCGGGUUCCUGGAAACAUAAACCCCAAAAUAAAAUGUUUGUCUGGCGAACCUAAGAAUCGCUUGCAGUAUAUUCCUCAGUUAAAUACUGCACCUAUACAUAUGAACUCAAAUGAAUCACCAUCUUGCGAUUAUGUAGGUAUUGUUUCAAAUUUUGAAGCAAUAUUUAAAACAUGAUGUGUUAAUAUAAAUUUUACUAUUUCUACAAACAUGUCUAUGUUCGUGUUGUUUUGUGGUUGUUUUCCCGAGUUUGUGUUUGAAUUUUGAUUAUAAAAAUAGUUAUGGCAAUCUUAAAUUAAUCAUGUGUUGCAGGUUUUGGUAUCAUAUUCAGUUGAGUUGAUUUCUUGAAUUUAUUUAUUUGAGUUAUAUGUUUUGGAUACAGGUGGUGGUUUCUUAGCUGUUCUUUAAGUAUAUUUAUGUGAAAAGCACAUACACGUCAGUAUAAUGUUGUGUAUGAAUAAAUCUUAUUAUGAUUUGAUUUUGAGUGUUGUCCAUUAAGUUCGACAAUAUGCUUUGUUAAUAACAUGUAUAAAUGCUGUUAGUAUUGCCUGGGUACUCUUUGCAUGGCAUUAUGUGAUACUUGUUCACUUUUGAGUAAAUUACUUAGCAUUC